AUGGAAACAGCCACCCUCUACUACUGUGCAGUGCUCUUCUUAGUCCUCCUCUUUGCCUCCAAAAGCUUCUACCGAUCCAACAACUCCCGCCUCCGAUGUCCACCCACCGGCCCCAUCGCCCUCCCCAUCGUCGGCCACCUCUACCUCCUCCGUCAGCCCAUCCACCGCACCCUCUCCGCCAUCUCCGCUCGCCACGGCCCUCUCCUCCUCCUCCGCUUCGGCAACCGCCCCGUCCUCCUCGUCUCCUCCCCCUCCAUCGCUGAGGAUUGCUUCACCAUCAAUGACAUCACCUUCGCCAACCGCCCCCCGCUCCUCUUCAACAAGUACUUCGGCUACGACUUCACCACACUCGGCUCCUCUUCCUAUGGCCCCCACUGGCGCAACCUCCGCCGCAUCGCCACCCUCGAGAUCUUCUCCCCCGCCCGUAUUGCCGCCUUCUCUGCUUCCCGCGCUGCUGAUGUCUGCUCGCUCCUCCGUCACCUUUUCAGCCACGGAGACAAAGCCGAGUUCCGAAGGGUGGAGAUGAAGUCGAGGUUCUCCGAGUUGACAUGUAAUGUGGCCAUGCAGAUGAUCGCCGGGAGGAGGUACUACGGGGCGGAGGCGACGGUGGUGGCCGAGGAGGGGUGGAGGUUCCGGCGAAUUAUAAGGGAGGCGUUUGUGGUGAGCGGGUCAUCGAGUUUGGAGGACUUCUUGCCAUGGGUGAGGUGGGCAGGGUGGAACGGUACCGAGAAAAGGAUGAUGGUGUUGGCUAGGAAACUGGAUGAGUUGUUCCAAGAGAUGGUGGAGGAGCGAAGAAAGACGAGGGGAAGAGAAGAGGGAAAGAAAACUGUUAUCGAUGUUAUGUUGGAGAUGCAGGAGGCAGAGCCUAAUCACUACCCUGACCAGAUCGUCAAAGGAAUAAUUCUGAACCUAAUAUCAGCUAGCACAGAUACUUCUGCUGGAACCAUGGAGUGGAUAAUGGCCUUGCUUCUCAACCAUCCAGAGGCAUUGAAGAAAGCCAAAGCCGAGAUAGACAUGCACGUGGGUCAUGCCCGCUUGAUGACUGAGCAUGACCUUCGCAAUCUCCACUACUUGCAGAAUGUCAUCAAAGAAACCCUUCGUCUAUUCCCAGCAGCCCCUCUCCUCGUGCCACAUGAGUCAUCCGACCAAUGUACCGUACAAGGAUAUAGUGUUCCACGCGGCACGAUGUUAUUAGUUAAUGUUUAUGCCAUACAAAGGGAUCCACAACUAUGGACGAAUCCCUUGGAGUUUAGGCCAGAGAGGUUUGAUGAAGGAGAGAGGGAAGGAUACAAGAACAUCCCUUUCGGGUCUGGAAGGAGAAGGUGCCCAGGGGAGGGCUUGGCCAUGAGAAUUAUGGGGUUAGCCUUGGGGUCCCUAAUUCAGUGUUUUGAGUGGAAGAGAAUGGGAGAGGAGGACGUGGACAUGACUGAAGGCUUGGGGCUCAGUAUGCCGAAGGCGAAACCCUUGGAGGCCUUAUACAAGCCAUAUGGAAACAUGAUCGAUGUUCUUUCUCAAAUAUGACUAUGUUCCUACGAUUUGGGUUGCAUCUUUUAUAUGAAAGAAUGAUCGAUCUUCUUUUGCAACAUAGAUCGUUGGAUGGUACUGUACAUUAGCUCUUAAAGCACUCAAAACAUCUUCCGUCGUUUAU